UUCUGCUCCUCCUCUGUGGCCCGGGCUCCCUCGGUUCCAGGUGGGACUCGCCCCGCGCCCCGCAACCCGCAGAGCCUCGCCCCGUUCCCCUUCCCUCCCCGCGGCCGCCUUGCUCUGCGCGCCUCUCUCGUCGACGCGCGCGCGGGCGCUCCCGCGGGCUCUGGGCGCGACCUCCCCGGCUGCAGCCUCUCCCUGGACCCGCCGUCGCCAGCCCAUCGCCUGCGGCCGCCGGGGAAGCGGGCAGCGCCGAGAAGCUGGACCUGGGCCUCCCUGCCGGCAGCGGUCUUGGAAAUCCAAAGGCCACAAAGUGGACAGAGCCAGUUGCUUUGUGAUGAAGGAAAAAAGUAUCUCAGCCACUACAACUUCCAUCUAGCAGAGAAGUGCACCCACCCAUCUCCUGGAGGGCUUCAGAGAGAUCAGGAAGGCUCUCUGCCAGGCCCUGGGGUUGUGCUUCCAUGCAGCCACAGCCUGCUCCUUCCUCUAGCUUCUGCAAGUGGGUUUCAGAUGCCAGAAACAUCACAACAGCUUCUGGGUGGUUCUGAAGAUUAAAGAGGUUUGGAGGUUGCUAUGUUAAUACUGCUUGUCAUCGGAAUAUUGCUUCAUGACAUCCCACUGAGUGGUCAAGAUGAGUCUCCUGAGGCUGAAGGCAGUACAGAUACCCCUCUCUUUGACUAUGCCAGCAUCCACUUGCCAGAAGAACACAUUCCCUUCUUUCUUCACAAUAAUAGACACAUUGCCACGCUCUGUAAGAAAGACUCACAUUGCCCUUAUAAAAAACACUUACAAAAUCUAAAGUACUGCUGGGGUUAUGAGAAAUCCUGCAAACCAGAGUUCAGGUUUGGUUACCCACAUUGCAGCUAUGUCGACAUGGGAUGGACAGACACCCUUGAGUCAGCUAUGGAUAUCUUCUGGAAACAGGCUGAUUUUGGAUAUGCUGGUGAGAGACUUGAGGAGAUGCACGUGCUUUGCCACUCUAAGGAAAUGAAUGACUCAAAUCUGGCAUGUACCCGUUAUCUUCAGUAUUGUAGAGCAUCCAAUCUCUACCUUGACUUAAGAAACAUCAAGAGAAGCAACGACAGGUUUAAGGAAGGUUUUUUCCAGAGUGGUGAAAUUGGAGGACACUGUAAGCUUGAUAGUCGUACAUUGAUGUCUGAAGGUCAGCGCAAAAGCCCUCUGCAGUCUUGGUUUGCUGAGCUACAAAGCUAUACUCAACUCAAUUUCAGACCCAUUGAUGACACUAAAUGUGAUCUGGUUGUUAAAAAACCAACCUAUUUCAUGAAAUUAGAUGCAGGUGUUAACAUGUAUCACCACUUCUGUGAUUUUAUCAAUCUUUAUAUUACUCAGCACAUGAAUAAUUCUUUCAGUACAGAUGUGUACAUCGUGAUGUGGGACACUAGUACCUAUGGAUAUGGGGACCUGUUUGCAGAUACAUGGAGAGCAUUUACUGAUUAUGAUGUUAUACACCUGAAAGCAUAUGACUCCAAAAGGGUAUGUUUUAAAGAAGCUAUCUUUUCAUUACUCCCCCGAAUGAGAUACGGGCUCUUCUACAAUACUCCUUUGAUAUCUGGCUGUCAAAAUACUGGACUAUUCAGGGCAUUUUCCCAGCAUGUGCUAUACAGACUGAACAUCACCCAGAAUGGCCCGAAGGCUGGAAAAAUUCGAGUCACUAUUCUUGCACGGAGCACAGAAUACCGGAAAAUACUAAAUCAAAAUGAGCUUGUAAAUGCUCUGAAAACAGUGUCUACAUUUGAGGUGCAGAUUGUGGAUUACAAAUAUAAGGAACUUGGCUUUUUAGAUCAGUUGAGGAUCACACAUAACACAGACAUAUUUAUUGGAAUCCAUGGAGCAGGCCUUACCCACUUACUUUUCCUUCCAGACUGGGCUGCUGUGUUUGAACUGUACAACUGUGAAGAUGAACGCUGUUACCUAGACCUGGCCAGGCUGAGAGGUAUUUACUACAUCACCUGGCGAAGGCAGAACAAAGUCUUCCCUCAAGAUAAGGACAAGGAGAGAUUGAAAGGGGAGGGUGAGAUAAAUAAGAAGAAACUUGCAGACCUGCUUCACCCCCUUGUGAGCCCCACCUGCCCCUGCAGGGCCACCACCCAACUCUGGGAGAGCAUCCAAAGUUUACCAACUACUCAUUUGAUGUAGAAGAAUUUAUGAACCUUGUCCUCCAGGCUGCAGAUCACGUAACACAACACCCAAAGUGGCCCUUUAGGAAAACACAUGAUGAGCUAUAAAUCAUUUAAGUCUAUUUGCCAAAACCAAAAAAAAAAAAAAAAAAAAAAGGAAUGUUUCUGUCACCCAGACACACAGUUAAUUCAGUGAAGUAAACUGUUAUUUCAUAGACCACAACUGAGCUUUGCUAUACAAAAAACAUGCUUUCAGAGUGUUACCUAUGUGUUUUAUAGUCUUUAACUACUUUGUGUGAAUUUUAUGUCAUUACUAUUUAUCAAGAAACUAUUUUUUGCACUGAAAACUUUGCCUUCAGUAGUUCAAAAAUUAGAGAUAUUUUCACAGGAGUAACUGAGAUUUAAG